ACGCACAUCCAGCCCAAGGCAACAACCGCCUCAUCUCAAUCUCUUUAUUGACACCUCAACUCCCCCCCUUCAGACGGGCACGACCUCGCAAGGCAUUCUCACCACUGUUCACUGCGAUACCUAAACUUGCGAGAAGCCAUGAUGCGCCGAACUAAAAAAGCGAUCUCUCGGAUAUCGAACCCCAAGCCUCUAGGAUCCCCUCCGCCCUUCCUCCCGGCCGAAAUUCUCCUCCAGAUAUUUGAAUACCUGGCGCCCAACAAUACCCUCCCGCAAUCCUCCGUCUACUCCUGCCACGGAGUGACCCUAGAGAAUCCCUCUCCCUCCAACAACUACACAUGCACAACGUGCCAGACCGGCUACCUUCUCUCCGCAAGCCUUGUAUCUCGCCACUGGUGCAAGACUGCCCGCCCACUUUUAUACCGCGUGGUUCGGAUAGGGUACAGCAUGUUUAUACCGGGCGAUGAGGAAAUCUACUUCAAUUGCAUAAACAAAGCGUACCACGGUAGAGACAGAUUCUUCUUCAACGUUUUCGAUCGCGAGCGGCCUGAAUACAGCAGGAUUGGCACAUGCCAUCCCGGGCUUAUAAAAAUACACGAGAAGACAAAAAUAGAAUUACUGAACGCACGGCUAAAGACACUUCAGUUAUUCCGACGAACGGUGACCGAGAGUCCGGAUAUCAGAAAGAUGGUGGCCUGCUGGGAGUUGGGCGCGCUCUUUCCAAUGCCCACGCCAGGUUGGCGCGAACAAGGAGCAAGUUCCAAGAGAGACCAUGAAUAUUGCCACCCAUUGGCAGAUACUCUGGAAAGGGUUGGAGAAAUUGUAGAGGCGACCAUACCUUAUCUCACUUCGUUACGGUGGAUUGACUUCCAUCUAGAUCCAGAUGUGGUGGGAUCGUCCGCGGAAGCCCUAAGCUAUGUUGUCAAGAAGUCUAUUACAAGAAUGACCUGGAAGCCGCGGUUGGAAGGUUGCAAAUGCAAUCACGUACGGCUUCAGCUCCCGAUCGGCAGAACGGAAUACAACGACAUUCCCGCACAGAGUUAUGGGCUAUCAGAAAGGACUCCCAGCCUCGAAAUAUACAGCGACUUUGACCUGCCGCAUUACAGCUCUGCGAUAUUCAAAGCACUCGCAGCAGAGACCUGUGAGGUAGAAAUCAACCGUCCGACACGGCCUUCGCUCAGAAGAGCGUCUCCAUCCCUGGAAGGCAUCGAUUUUCCAAUGACAACAUCUAUGCGCUUUAUUGGCGCAGGGGCGCCCACGAUAUCGCAGGUUAUCCGACGAGAGGGGGGACGAGCUGCGGCAGCGAGAGGGAUAGUGACGGCGAUUACGGUGGGAGAUAAAGAUAUCCGGUUCGCGGAUCUCAGAAGCUUGCUCGCUCAUUCCAAGAAUCUGAAACACCUGCGCUUGGAAAAUGUACGCGUUUCGGCUCCUAGGAGAGAGGAUAUAGAAAACUCCUCGAAAGCGACGGUUUUGAAGUCGGCCACUUUGAAGUCGGUUUUUUGGGAUGUCGUCCCUAGUGACGUGGAGGGUAGACGUACCGAGACUGUUACUUAUUACCUGGUCAAGUCGACCUCCGAAGACCACCUGCCCGUUCUCGAGAGCCUCUCGGGGCCCGCGAAAAGAGCGUAUACGGAGUGGUGGCUGGGCGAGCUCAAACGUGUGCACCCCCAGAAGGAUAUCGAGAUACGAUCCUCGGAGAGCGAGAUGGAGAUGGUGUUGCGGCCUUCCACGAAAGCUGCAGGUGAUGUGAGUUGGCGAGCAAGACGGAGGAGAUUCUCAGUGCACGUGCUGACCCCCUUCUAGCACCUCGUGGCCGCCAGCCGCGCGCCCAGGACCCAAACAAGUGGCCGGGUAUUCGGAGAUUCGGUGUUGGAGUAUAUAAUAUGAAUGGGGAGACUCGGGGAUUUUCUGGGGCGCAACCACGUCCAUUAUCAUGGCGUGUAGUAGUAAUAUUACAGUAUCUAAAAGCAAAGAGUUUUAAUAAAAACUCUACUUUAUGACCA